AUGGCCAGCGGUUUCGGCCAAGUCGUUUUCCACGUGUGCAUGACCGGUGUCGUUUCAGUUCACUUCUACCUUCUGCUCGAUGUAGCCAACGUUCAUCCAGCGCUACAGUACUUCGCUUGGGUACUCUUCACCCUGACGCUGAUUUUGCUGGCCACCGCCUUGUGUCAUUACCUUUCACCACAGGCAGCAGAGGGAAGACAGAAGCAAGGUUAUCUUGAACGGAUUAAAGAGGAUAUGGAAGAGGGAGAGGAGGCGGAAAAAGAGGAUGAAGAGGAAAAAGUGAUCCUUCAAGUUCGAUCAAACUACUGCUUCGCUUUAGGCAGUGAAUCGAUUCAUGAAUUCGUUCAGGCCGUGCACGCUGUUAGAGGGCUGAGGCACGCUGAGAAAAGUCGGCGAUCAGAACCUGCUCAUCGCCAUCCGGCAGCCGGGGGCGUAGCAGCACAACAACGCCUGCCGAAGAUCGACGAAACGAUGACUAAGGCGUUCCUUUUAGGAGCCGGCAUCCCUGAAAUGAAGACGAUUCUGCGAGGGGUCGUGCUGAAAGAGUACCUCACAGCUCGGACGCUAAUCGUCAAAUUCAUUGGACUUGUUAUGGCGCUGAGCAGCGGCCUGCCAUUGGGAAAAGAGAGUAAAGGCCGCAACAACGAGAUGCUUGCUGCCGCCUGCGCGGUUGGGGUGGCCAGCACUUACGGGGCACCGGUCGGAGAAACGGUGCUGCCGUACAGCCCGACGUCUUUUCCGUACGAGUUUCCGUUCGACGUCAAGGAGCUGAUCGUAUUCGCCCUGUUAGGAAAUCAACGCCAAAGUUUCAGGGCCGUCUGCGGACUUGGUGGAGCUGUGUACAUUUGGUUUUUCAAAAGGUGGACGUACCUGAUCACAAGAACGACGUUCGUCAAGAAUAUCUUAUCACGCAGGUGCACGUCACUGACCACUCUAGCCAGACGUCUGGUACAGUAUCUGAUUGACACUUUUCAGCCCCUUCAUCUACCCGACAGUCGUCGUGCUGGUAAUUGCUUCACUGAACUGUCCAACGCUGCUCGGCAAUUGACACCUCGCGAAGCACUCGAAACUCUAUUUUGCAACUUCUCUUGGAAUGCUCCACCGGCGAAUGUCACUGCUCUCCGGUCGCUGAUACGAUUCUGGUCGUACGGUCAGACAAGCAUCUACCUGGUGCUAUGCAUCUACUGCGUGAAUAUGUUUUGGAUGACCGCAAUAUCGACCACUCUGCCUGUGCCGUGUGGCACGUUCAUUCCAGUAUUUGUGACAGGGGCAGCAUUUGGACGACUAGUUGGCGAGUUAAUGGCCUUGGCGUUUCCUCAAGGCAUCAGUGACAAUGUCAACGCCCACAGCAUAAUUCCCGGAGCUUACGCUGUAGUCGGCGCAGCAGCGUUUUCGGGCGCCGUUACUCACGCCAUUUCGACCUCCGUUAUCGUGUUCGAGAUGACCGGCCAGAUCACCCACCUCCUUCCGACGAUUAUAUCGGUCCUUCUGGCCAACGCGGUGUGUGCCCGGUUUCAGGCGUCGCUGUACGACACCAGCAUUUAUAUCAAGCGGUUGCCGUAUCUACCUCGCAUUCCACCGACCUCCUCGAGGCUAGCUUUCAGCAUUCAUUCCGUGUACGUUCAUAACUUCAUGGUUCGCGACGUGAAGUACCUCACCUUGGACACGACCUACCGGGAGCUGCUCGCCCUGUUGAAGGCCUUUCCUAAGUUGAAAACUUUCCCGCUCGUUGAUCAGGCAGGUAAAGCAGUUGCAUCGCAUCAACUGUUCGAUGAUAUGCGAUACGAAUCAGUCAUAAGCGGUGCUUUAGAUUCGUUAAUUUUGUUGGGGUCGGUGAGACGCGAAGAGCUGAUGAAAUUAUUGGAGGAGUUGAUCGCUGACGAGGUGCGAAAAAUUGAGGUCAGCACAAAACGACGACUGAAAGAAUCGAAGUCGUACUCGAACCUCGACGAAGAAAACAUUCCAUCCCGUCCUGAAGCAGAAGCAAAGCUCAGAAGAAGCGUUUCCCAACAGUCACUGCAUGUUCUUUCGACCGUUGUUAAUUAUGCAAAGAGAACGAUGGAAAACUAUGAUGCUUCUUUUCAGGAACUUUCGGAAGAUCCCAAGGCUAUGCUGACAAGGCUGUAUCGGUGGUCAAAAGGACAGCUGGACAAAACGAUCGACUUUGAACGGUUCAACAUCGAUCCUGCUCCCAUGCAAUUAGUGGAGAAGACUUCUUUGUACAAAGUUCACGUGCUUUUUUCUCUGCUGGGUUUAAACCGAGCGUAUGUCACUAAUCUCGGACGACUGGUUGGCGUGGUCGCUCUGCGAGAGGUCUGUCAAAUUGUUCUAACUCUGAGCUGCUCUCAAAUUACACAUAUUACUUUAAACACUUAAAA